UUGAUGAUAUAUGGAAUGUCGAAACAUGGGAUAUUGUAAAGUGUGCAUUCCCCAAGACCAGUUGCGACAGUAGAAUAAUCACCACUACUCGUAUAAAUAAUGUAGCUCAGUCAUGUUGUUCAUCUUUCAAUGACCAUAUUUAUAAUAUAAGGCCUCUGAAUAUGGUUCACUCCAGACAAUUAUUUCACAAAAGGUUAUUCAGCUCCAAAGAAAAAUGCCCUUCAUAUCUCAGAGAUGUGUCUAAUCAAAUAUUGGAAAGAUGUGCUGGCUUGCCUUUGGCGAUUAUUGCUAUAUCUGGUUUAUUGGCCAACAAACCAUGUACAAAGGAUCAUUAGGAUCAAAUCAGAAAUUCAAUUGGUUGUGCGAUUGAAAAAAAUUCUAGCAUUGAAGGAAUGGUAAAGAUAUUAUCACUUAGUUAUUUUGACCUUCCUCCUCAUCUUAAAACAUGUCUACUAUACCUAAGUAUAUUUCCGGAAGACAAUACUAUUGAGAAACAGGACCUCAUAAACAGAUGGAUUGCUGAGGGAUUCAUUCAUGAAGAACUAGGAUAUACGGUAGACGAGCUAGGAGAGAUGAGUUUCAGCGAGCUGAUCAAUAGAAGUCUAAUCCAACCUAUGAGGACAGGCACAUGUGAUGAGGUGAAGAGUUGUUAUAUUCAUGAUACAAUUCUUUAUUUCAUCAUAUCCAAGUGUAUUGAAGAGAACUUUGUUACUUUCGUUGGUGUUCCCACUUUAACUAUCGGAGCACAAAGAAAAGUUCGUCGGCUCUCUCUUCAAGUUGGCAAAAAAGGAAAUACUACUCUACCAGCGAGUCUUACAUGGUCUCAAGUCCGAUCACUUAAUGUGUUUCGGACAUUUAGAGGAAAUCCCUGUCCUAGAGAAGUUCAGGUAUUUGUGUGUUCUGGACUUUAAAGGUAUGCACAAAUUGAGAAGUGAUCAUCUUGCAAAUAUAGGGAGGUUGUUUCAGUUGAGGUAUCUGAACCUCAGAUAUACAAUAUUAGUGAUCUCCCAAAACAUGUUGGACAUCUACAAUGCUUACGGAUGUUGGACCUAAGAAACACCAAUCUGCAUGAAUUACCAGCAGCUAUUCUAAGUCUUGGAAAUUUGGUGCAUCUAUUUACUGGCAGUAAUGUUAAAUAUCUAGAUGGAAUUGGCAAGAUGCAAUCAUUGCAGACGUUGAAACAGAUCGACAUCUUCUUGCAAUCAUCCAACUUUUUUCAAGAACUUUGCCAGCUAAAGAAUCUGAGGAAGCUGCGACUGAAAUUAGGCGAUGAUCCAACAGAAGUUAACAAGGAGUGCAUGAAAGUUAUUGCCUCCACUAUCUAUGAACUAAGCACACUCAGCCUUGAUUCUCUAAAGAUUGGUAGUGAGGAUGGUAUCGAGAAUGAUUACUCAUUAGAUGACAGCUUCUUACUGGAACAGUGGUGCCCUGCUCCGCGCAGUCUCCGAGAACUUAUAAUUUCUCAGACCAUUUUGCGCAUUCCGGAUUGGGUAGGAUCAUUCAUCAACCUCCAGAGGUUAAUCCUUAUUGUGAAGUCAGACAAGCAGGAAGAUCUCUAUGCCCUUGGAGGCUUACCCACUUUGUCCUUUUUAAUUCUGUGCGUAAAAGGAGAAGCAGAGUCUAUAGGAAGGCUUACAGUAAGUGGUACCAGUGUAUUCGCAUGUCUAAAGGUGCUUUUCUUCUAUACAGAUGAGCAUAGGAUGGAGCUCGUGUUUGUAGAAGGAUCCAUGCCGAAGCUAGAGUUUCUCUUCAUUAGUUUCAGUGCAGCUAAAACAGAGACUCUGUCUUAUGGUGUUUUUAUUUCGGUAUUGAAAACCUCCCCUGCCUUGGGUCCCUUCAUUGUACACUUCAUGGCGCUACCGAGAGCACUGAUCGGGUUGUUGAGGUCGCAAAGGCUGCCAUAGAGAGAGCAGCCAACACACACCCCAACCACCCUAGGUUCGAAGUACACAUUGAACGAGAAUAUGAUGCAUGGGUCAUGGGUGGUAGGACUAGUUCUUUCUCCCAAACAAGACCUUGUUAAUACCCGGUACUAACUUCCGUCCGAAGUUACUUCUCGGAAAAAUGGAUGUGUCUAGACAUAUUUUAGUUCUAGACACAUCCAUUUUAUACAUUUCUGCGAUAAGUAAUUUCAGAUGGAGGGAGUAUUUUGUUCUUCCCUUGUCUCAUAUAAUCUGGCUGUUUUCCUUUUCAAGUUGUUGUGGGAUCUCGUGGGAGUAUUCUAAAUACGAAGCAUGUCUCGACACUCAAAUGAAUGCGUACCUCCCUUUAUGCGGAUGACGCAGCUGUAUUUGUAGCCCCGAUCAAAAGUGAUGUGGACAAGCUUACGACUAUUCUGAGAGGCUUUGGGGAUGUCACCGGUCUGUGCACCAACUUCCAUAAGAGCUCGAUGGUUCCGAUUCGGUGCGGUAACCUUGACUUGGGGCGCAUCACCCAAGGGUUGCCGGCUAUUAGGUCCUCCUUCCCGCUACGAUAUUUGGUCCUACCACUCUCUGUGUGGAAGCUAAAGCUCGUUGACCUGCAAUUCCUUGUGGACAAGGUGGCAAGCAGAUUGACAACAUAUGAGGGCCAACACACUACCACCAUUGGGCGCGCGACUCUUGUCAAGUCGGUGCUCGCUUCCCAAGUGAUCUACUUCAUCACACCGCUUGUCAUACAGCCUACCAUCCUUCAAAGCAUCGACAAGCUUGACAGGGCCUUCCUGUGGUCCGGGUCAGAUAAGACAACCGGGGCAAAAUGCAAGGUCAACUGGGACAUUGUCAGUCGGCCGCUUGCUUAUGGUGGGCUUGGGGUCCUCAACACCAAUAAGUUUGCGCGGGCUUUGAGACUGCGGUGGCCUUGGUACGAAUGGAAGGAGCCAACAGAAUUGUGGGUUGGGAGAGAUAACCCGUGUGAUAAGGAAGAUCUCAACUUCUUCUACGCUUGCACCACAAUCAAUGUCAGGAAUGGGGCGAGGACACCCUUCUGGGAAUCCCCUUGGCUCCUUGGGCACAAGCCCAAGGACAUUGCUCCUCUCAUUUACGAGUCUUCAUCGCGGAAACUUUGGAAGGUACGGGAGGCCAUCAAGGAAAACGCGUGGAUCCUCAAAAUCAGGCCGCCUGCGGUUGCUUCCACCGAACAUGUAACUCAAUUCUUCACCCUUUGGAUGCUUCUGCAUGAGGUGCAUCUUGAUGAGCUUGCUAAGGAUGACAU